AUGAAUAGAGCUCCCCGCACAUAUAAAUGGCGCCCUUCUCAUAAAACGUUUCGAAUUAAACGUAUUCUUGGUAAAAAGGCGAAACAGAAUCGACCUAUUCCUCAAUGGAUCCGAUUCCGUACCGAUAACACAAUCAGAUACAACGCUAAACGUCGUCACUGGCGUCGUACCAAGUUAAACAUCUAA